AUGACCCGCUCUCUUCUGCCAGCUCAGGAGACCGAGAUGAGGCUUGAUACAUUGGUUCCAGUGACCAUCGUUCCACUUGGCAGCACCGCAACUUUGAAAUGCCCUUUACCAGAUGAAAAGCAGAGUAGUAGUGAACUCCAAUGGUACAAACAAGAAGCAGGAAAUACACUGAAAUUUAUUGUGAAGCUGUCGGAAAAUGCCGAGCCUACUUCUGAAUCUGAGUUGUUGGACUCAAGACUGCAUGCCACAUUUAAAGAGAAAAUUAGCAUUCUGACCAUUUCAAACACAAUUCAAGAAGAUGAAGGCAUGUAUCACUGCGCUCUGAUUGACUGGAACAAGAACACUUGGCAAGGAACCUAUUUGCUAAUAAAAGGAAACAAUGGGACUUCAAAUCACACCGUUCACAAACCAAAAGUAUCAGAUCCAGUCCAUCUAGGAAACUCAGUGACUCUUCAGUGCUCGGUCCUCUCUGACUCUAAAGAGAAGACGUGUUCAGGAGAUCUAAAGUUGUACUGGGUAAAGGCCGGAGAUAAAUCUCUUCCAGAUAUCAUCUACACUGAUGAAAACAGAGAAAACAAAUGUGAAGAGAAAUUGGACACUCAGCAGAGACGUGUUUGUAACUUCUCUAAGACGGUCAGCACAUCUGAUGCCGGGACUUACUACUGUGCUGUGGCCACAUGUGGAGAGAUAAUAUUUGGCAAUGGAACAAAAGUGGAUUUUGCGUCUACAUCUGAACCUGAAUUUAUUAACCGGGUGAUAACAAUUACCUGCUUGGCCAUUUCUCUGAUUAUAAAUAUCAUUUUCAUCUGCUGCAAAACCCCAGAAUCAGCAUGUAAACUCCCUAAAGAAGCUUCCUCUACUCAAGCAAAACAAGCCACCUUGAGUCAGUCAACAGAUUUUACUAAAGAAGAGGAACACGAUCUUAACUAUGCUGCCUUACAUUUCACUGGAGCUAAAAGUACAAGAGGAAAGUCAAAGAGAGAGAUGAAGACUGAAGAAAGUGUGUAUUCUCAAAUUAAACUGUAAAAUAUGAAUAUUUGGUUGUAAUCUUUUAAUGCAACAGCUGACAGUGGGGGUAAAUAUAAUUUGGAUAUUUUAUUUUUGUUGUUUCAUGUUUUAAAGAAUGAAAAAACAUAUAUGUUUGUAAUCUUUAGUAUUUUAGCUGAUGUCAAUGUUUUUAUGAUAUUGUUUGUAUUUUUAAUUAUUGAAAAAAUACCCCA